ACAACAUCUUCCCUCCUUCCUGUUGCCCCCCUGCAGCCAUGGAGGCUCCCCACGCAGAGGGGUCUCCUCAGGAGGAGGCGGGCGCUAGGACCUGGGGGGGAAACCUUCCCGCUCCCCUUAGUUACUUGCCCACCAUCCUUGAUUAUGUUCCUGUGGGUUUUCCGACCCUUGAUUGCUUUUGGUCCUUUGUCAACUGGUUCUUGGAAUCUGCCCAGAUUGCAAGUCCAUCCUCACCUCCUGCGGCCCAGGCCCAAGCGAUACAAGAACAUGAGCAGCUGAAUGAGGAGGAUCUGCAGCUAAAUGAACAGCUCCAAGAGGCUGAGACAGAGAAGACAGACUGGGUUAAGGUGCUGAAAGAUGUCACCAUCCAAGUCCGUGUCACUGGGCGGACUGGCGACUGCGAGAAGGACUUCCUAAAGGACGUUGCUGACCACCUUUUCAGACAUGACAUCAACCUCAAGACAGAGGAUUACCAAGAGGACUCCGGCCACUUCCUGCUGGUCUUCUGCCCGGUGGUCUCCCGGAUGGGCACCGACAUGCAGAAUGCUAUGGAAGGCCUCCAAGGUGAGCCAAAGGCCAUCUUGGUGAUGCUGCAUCACAGACCGAAAGAAUACAACUACUUUGUGGACACCAAGCUGCAGGCGCAUCACCCGGCCGUGGUGCACACCGCCCAUGCCCGGUAUACGCUCGAAGACGGCCUCUAUGACUGCCCGAUGAACAAGGAGGCCGUGGAUGCCGUGGCCGAAGUCCUCAAAGACCACUUCAAAGAGGUGCAAGAGGACCCUGUGACCCCCGACUCUGCAACGGAAUGUGAACUGAAUCGCUGCCAGGAGUCUCAUGUCUGAGAGAAAGACAGAAGGAAAGGAUAAAAUUGUUACUACAGUUGGCUCUCUGUAUCCACAGUUUCCGUGUCUUAGAACACCUACAUCUAUUUAAGUAUCUAUAUGUAGCUCUCUAGCUAUACAAUAAAAAUAGGAAAUAGG